AUGGUUCGCCCACUAGGGGAUUUGUGUGGGUGCCACUCACGGGUACUUGGGUCAUGCCAUACUGCUAGCGGAAGCAUGAGCUCAUCAUCUACUAAUGCGACUCGUGGGACCACCAGUCGCGAAACACCACCUCCUAGUGAGACUAACAACAAUAAUGUGAAUGGGCAUAAGAGUGUGGUGACGCUGAUAAAGGAAAAUGUGGUUGUUGUUGUAGCCAUGCGUGGGUGCUACAUGUGCCUUGUUGUGAAGCAUUUGCUACAAGAAUUAGGUCUUAACACCACCCUUUUCGAGGUCGAUGAGGCGGAUAAAGCCUCCAAGUUGGAGGAGCUGUCAGAGAUUGAGGGCGGCGAAGACGGCAACAAUGACGGUCCGAAGGAGUUGCUGGCGGUGUUUGUAGGAGGAAAGUUGUUAGGAGGGGUAACCAAAGUGAUGAAUAUUCAUAUCUCGGGUGAAUUAUUCAUUCUAAUGAGUUUCGGCUAG